AUGUGGACAGAAAAAUAUACCGGUAUUCAUUUUUGUGGAGCUAGUUUACGUUCACUUGAUUCAGAUUUUCAUCUACAUUUGUUUUCUUUGGGUUGUAAACCAUACACAUUAGCUAAUCAAACAGCUCCCAAUAUUAGAAAAUUUAUUGAUGAUUUACUUGCUGAUUAUAAUCUUUCAUUAAAUCCAAACUCGUUCAUCGUCAGCGGCAAUGAGCUAAAAAUGCUUGCUGCUUUACGUGGUGUUAAUCGAGUAGGGUGUAGUGACCAUUAUCUUAAUAAAAUAUUAGAACAUUCGUUCACAGCACCAAAAAGUGAUUGUAUUCAGGUGAUUCAAGUGUUUGAUAUUGUAAAAACACUAGUUGCAAAUUUUCGUCGUAGUCAUCGACAGGUAAAACUGUCGAGAAAACUUCAAACAUUUAGUCCAACUAGGUUUAGUGAUUUAUUACAAAAAAUUUGCGAAUUUCGUCAACCAUUCGAUGAAACGAUUACAAUUCUUAGUGAUGAAUCACAACCAACACUUCACAAAGUUAUUUCUCUUCGAAAGUUUUUGAUCGAACAUUGUGUACCAAAACAAGAAGAUUUACCUGGUAUCAAAAAAUUGAAACAAUUUUUAAGCAAUUCAACUAUUGCUAUUUAUACUAAUUCAACCAAUAAUAAUUCAUCAAUUUCAAGCAUAUCUUCAUCAUCAGUUUCUAAUACAUCUACAUCAUCAUCAUCAAUUUCUUAUACAUCUUCAUCUUCAUCAUCAACUACUUAUGCAUCUUCAUCAUCACCUGUUGAUAAUUUCGGCACAACUAAAAAAUCGAACGUUCUUUCGUUAUGUUAUGAUAAACCACGGACUUUAAAACCAGUACAUGAUGAAGUUUCUUUAUGGUUACAAACUGAUUUUGAUAUGGACAUUAUCCACGAUGAUCUGUUAUUGUUUUGGAGGAACAAAAAGGAUGCAUUUCCCAAUAUUGCUAAGAUCACUCGUAAGGUAUUGGCUAUUCCUGCAGCCAAUACCUCAGUUGAGAGACAAUUUUCUUGUAGUAAAAUUGUAAUUGGCGAUCGUAGAACCCGACUUGGUGCCGAAAAACUUGACAAACUGAUCUUCUUACAGAAAAAUUUAUUGCCACUUAAAAUUAUGUUUGCUUCGAAAACUGUUUUAACAAAUGAGUUAAAACGCAAAGCUGAUGAUAUACAUGAAGAAGAUGAAGAUAAUAACUGUACGUCAAAAAAGUUAAAAUUUAAUGAAGAAUAUGAAUGUUUAAGUGAUGAUUAUGAAAGUGAAAGAGAAAACUAG